UUGCAGUUUUGUGCCUGGGAAUUUCGGGAAGAUAAAUAUUGAAUAAAUAAAUAAGUUAGGCGAAUGAAGUGUUAAAUUUGUAGAAACUGUUACGAAAUGAUUAGAUUGUAAUGUUGGAAGGAUUAAUAGCAUGGGUCUUGAAUACAUAUCUUGGUGAAUAUGUAGAAAAUUUAAAUACUGACCAGCUAAGCGUUGGUAUUUUCCAAGGAAAUGUUGAAUUGGAAAAUUUACCUCUUAAGAAAUCUGCUCUUAAGAAUCUUGGAUUUCCAUUUGUUGUCAAAUCAGGUUUGAUUGGCAGAAUUAAGUUGCAGAUUCCUGUAAGACGCUUGAAAAGUGAACAAUGGGUGGUAACAAUUGAAGACUUAUUCCUCAUUGCUGGUCCUGAUACUAAUGAUGUGUACAAUUCUGAAGCUGAGGAAAAGUUAUUUGCUGAAAAGAAGAAGAUACUACUUGCAGAAUUUGAUGAAAAUUUCAAGCUUCAAAAGGACUAUAUUCAGCAAAGUGCUUCUUCCUCCUCCUCAUCAUCAUCGUGGUUGUCUUGGUGGUCGUACGGCACUUCGUUCAUAACUAACAUCAUUGACAAUUUUCAACUGCAAGUGAAAAAUGUACACAUUCGUUAUGAGGAUGAUGUCAGUAUUCCAUACCACACAUUUGCAUGUGGCGUCACCAUUAAUUCCAUCUCUGCUCAGAGUGCUGACUCCAAUUGGCCACAUCCCAUUCUGUACUGUCCACUACCCCCUUGCAAAUUACCUGGAUUCAACUACCGAGGCUUGGAUAGCAUCCUUCAUAAAAUUGUUGAUUUGAAUGAAUUUGCCUUCUAUUGGGAUUGCAGAGCUCAGCUUUUUGAACAAAUGGAAACCGUAGACAAAAACAGUUUCAUUGAGUUCUUCAAGAAGCAGAAUGAAUUUAUGCAGUCGGAUGCAUGUGCGUACGUUUUGGAGCCGGUGAGUUGUUUUACCAAGUUCCAACGCGGCACGUCAUCACUGCCUCUCAGAAGCAGACACACUCCAAGGAUCUGGCUGGAUGUCACACUGGACAACUUGCCCGUGUCCCUGCACGAGGGUCAGUUCAGACAGAUGCACACAGCUAUGAAGGCCUAUGACAUGGUCUGCAAGGCUAACAAGUACCGCAAGUUCAAACCUCUCACACAGGAUGGAACAAAUUGGAAAAAAAGUGAGGUGUUGUGGAAAUUUGCACUAAACGUUACCAUGAAUGAGGUUAAGGAGAGGAACAAGAGGUUCAAGAAGGAGUUCAUGUUGAAGAGAGCAAGGACCAACGUUUUGUAUGUGAAAGCAUACAGAAGUUGGUUGACACUUGGUCCAAAAUAUGUGGUCAAAAUAGACAAAGAUUUUAUGGAUGAGUUUGAAGCAGAAACAGCACUAGAAGAAUUAAGAAUAUUGAGGUCCAUUGUUACUGAAGAAUUGUUGGAUUGCCCUUGCAAAAAUCAAGCUCAAUCAGGCACCAUUGAAUUCAACGACAACAACAACUUCUACUACACUGUCAUCUUCAGCACCUGCGACACCAUCUUCACCACCUAUUUCGUCACCAACAACUGCGCCACCACCGCCAGUUUCGUCACCACCUGCUGCUACAGCACCGGCCACAACAUCUGCUCCCCCGCUCACACUUUCUUCUACACUUGCAGUAUUAACAACCACAUCUGCUGCAACAUUGACACAAACAUCAACAACGUCAUCAACAACAACGCCAUCAACAACUGCUUCAGCAACCUCACCAACAGCUACUUCAACGACAUCACCGCAAAACGAAGCACCACCAGCAUUACCUGCUGCACCACAGGGUAUUUUGCAAAGAUGAAAGCUCUGCAGGUUGGCAUUCCAUUGUCAGACCCUUCAACUGCACCUGUCGCCAGCAAGGAACAGCCCGACAGUUUGGAUGACCUGGAUGGUGCUCAGCAAGCUUCUAUCGAGGACAAUGACAGCAACAACAGCAAUGGAAAACCUGGUCAGCAGUGUUUGAACACAAGCGCUCCUAACCAUCUUCUUAAAUCUGAAUUCGAUGAAGACCUGCAGAUGAUGUUUGACGCACGGGAAACAGAGAACUCAUUGAUGCUGAUGGAUGUUGUUUUUCUUCGAGUCAACUUUAAGCUUAACAGUGGAUCAUUGAAUUUAAAAUCAAUAAAAAAGGACGUAGACGCUGACGAGCACGGUGUGGAUUACAUUAACAUUGGCUCUACUGACAUUGACAAAGCUGACGAUGCACAAACUACCAUUUGCGAAGAUUCGUUGCCAACUGGACAACCUCUCAAUGAAACUAUACUUUUGAAACCAACGUUUAACUCGAGAAAAGGUCGAAAACAUGUUCUGAGUGACUUAUUGUUGUUGGAAUGCAAGGAGAUUGAAAUGAAGUUUGAGUCGAGAACCAGAGUAGACGGGUGGAUGUUUGGAAUUGAAAUGUCCAACCUAACAUUGCAUGACCAGCACACCACUGACUCCAUUAGACCAACUCUCAUUUCAUCGUUUUCUGAAAAAAUUAUCAAUUCACGUAGAAGUCAUGAUGAUGAAAAUCGAAAUAAUUCAGAAAUCAAAAAACUUUUCAAAUUUUGCCUGGAGAAGAAUCCAUUUUUUACAAAAGCUUCAUACAAACUUUCCAUAUCUUCGCAACCCUUGGACAUAGUCUACAACCCAACAUUCAUAGAGAAGAUUAAGGAGACAUUAACCCUACCUCAGGAUCCGGCCAACUUUCAACUUGAUAUCACAGCAUUGGCCAAACGUAAGUAUGAAGUGUUCAAGAAACAGACAAAGAGGGAGCUUCAACAAACGAUUGAUGCCGUUCUUGAAGGAAAUGUCCAGUCGAAUUCGACGAGCUGGUUGUUGGAUGUGGACAUGUUUGCUCCGCACAUCAUCCUGCCCAGAAACUUUACCGACCCACACGCCACCAUCGUCAUCUUUGAUCUCGGACACAUGCUCAUCAGCAACAAGAAGAAGCAAGAGACGCCAGCUGCUGCGGUUGCAACAGCUCCACAUGCGGAUUUCAUUGCAAACACUGAUCACCUUAAUGGCAUGUGUACUUUUUUGCGUUCAUGA